CUACGCGUGCGCAGCUCGGCGGCGGACGCUGGGGCUGACGGGGGACGCUCCGUCCGGGCGAGCCCUGAGGGGCAGGUGGCGGCCGCCAAUGAGCGGGCGGGCUGUGCGGAAGUCCUGCCCACAACGGGGAGGUAUUGUUGUCGGUGACGUCACAGGCGGAGGAUGCGGGCGCCCCAUUGGCUCGGGCUCGGCGGCCGUGCGCUGGGAUCUUAAAGGGCGACCGGAGCGCGGGCCGCGGCGGCCGGGCGGGGCCCAUGGCCAGCACCAGCAGCCACCUGAAGAGCUGUAUGGAUUGCUGUAGCACUAGCACAUUUAUGGCAUCAGAAAAUAGUAUGAUGCUGUUCCAAUUCAGUCCAGUGUGGUGUUAUGCUCCUGUUCAUCCCCAUCAAUGGUGAGGAACCAACCAGAUUCCAGUGCUCCAUCUGUCAUUUCCACCUGUGGCAGCAGACAGGGAUCUAACAUGGAGAGCACUGCAGCUGAAUCAAGAUCUAGUUCAAACUCCUUGCAGCAACAUACAGGACAGCAGCCUCCACAGCCUCGAAAGAAACGACCUGAUGACUUCAAAUUUGGGAAAAUUCUGGGUGAAGGAUCUUUUUCAACGGUUGUCUUGGCUCGAGAACUGGCAAGUUCUAGAGAAUAUGCCAUUAAAAUCCUAGAAAAACGUCAUAUCAUAAAAGAAAACAAGGUGCCAUAUGUGACACGAGAGAGAGAUGUAAUGUCCCGCCUGGAUCACCCUUUUUUUGUGAAGCUCUACUUCACCUUUCAGGAUGAUGAAAAGCUAUAUUUUGGGCUUAGCUAUGCCAAAAACGGAGAGCUACUGAAGUAUAUACGCAAAAUUGGCUCAUUUGAUGAGACCUGUACCAGGUUUUAUACUGCUGAAAUUGUAUCAGCCUUGGAGUAUUUGCAUGGGAAAGGAAUAAUUCACAGGGACCUUAAGCCAGAGAACAUUUUGCUAAAUGAGGAUAUGCACAUUCAAAUAACUGACUUUGGAACAGCAAAAGUAUUAUCUGCAGAUAGCAGACAAGCACGGGCAAACUCAUUUGUAGGGACAGCACAGUAUGUUUCUCCAGAACUACUGACGGAGAAAUCUGCCUGUAAAAGCUCUGACCUCUGGGCUCUGGGAUGUAUAAUAUAUCAACUUGUAGCUGGAUUGCCUCCAUUUAGAGCUGGAAAUGAGUAUCUUAUAUUCCAGAAGAUAAUAAAGUUGGAAUAUGACUUUCCAGAAAAAUUUUUUCCCAAGGCAAAAGACCUUGUGGAAAAGCUAUUGGUUCUAGAUGCUACCAACAGAUUAGGUUGUGAAGAAAUGGGAGGAUAUGAACCUCUUAAGGCACACCCCUUCUUUGAGUCCAUUGUGUGGGAGAACCUCCAUCUUCAGACGCCCCCGAAACUUACAGCGUAUUUACCUGCUAUGUCAGAAGAUGAUGAAGACUGUUAUGGAAAUUAUGACAAUCUACUGAGUCAGUUUGGUUGCAUGCAAGUUUCUGGUUCAGCCUCGUCCCAUUCACUGUCUGCCCUGGAGACAAGUACACCACAGACGUCAGGAGGAAAUAUUGAACAGUAUAUUCAUGAUCUUGACAACAAUUCCUUUGAGCUGGACUUACAGUUUUCUGAAGAUGAGAAGAGAUUACUUCUGGCAAAACAAGCUGGUGGAAAUCCCUGGCAUCAGUUUGUAGAAAAUAACUUAAUCCUAAAAAUGGGUCCAGUGGACAAAAGAAAGGGAUUGUUUGCACGUCGGCGGCAAUUGCUGCUCACAGAAGGGCCGCACCUGUAUUAUGUGGAUCCUGUCAACAAAGUUCUAAAAGGAGAAAUUCCCUGGUCUUUAGAGUUGCGUCCAGAAGCCAAGAAUUUUAAGACAUUUUUUGUUCAUACACCAAACAGGACAUAUUACCUGAUGGACCCGAGUGGGAAUGCUCAUAAAUGGUGCAAAAAGAUACAUGAAGUUUGGCGGCACAGAUACCACCAGAAUGCUGCUAAAUAGUAGAGGUCAUCCAAAAUUUCCCAGUUUCCCUACUUGCUGCUAGAACUCCGUGUGCAGCCGAUCAGAGGAAUCUUUUCAACCCACCUGUUACCAUCUCAAGGGGAAGCAUAUGUCUGAAAUGUUCAAAUUCUUUUUUUAAAGGAAAGAAAAAAAAAGAAAAGCAAAAACCUAAUGGAAUUCAGGGUCGCUUUGCUCGCUCUUUGUGCUUCUGUUGAGGCUUCCACAUGCAUAUCAUUGCAGUGAAGAUCUUGCUUUUGUGCACUUCAGCUCAAUUUCUGCUGCAGACUAGUGGAUAGACCUUGCAUUACCAGCUUCACUUAUGAUGAGUUAAAACCAAUCCACACGCACACAUGCCGAAUCAUGCACCAGCCUUGCAUUUUAUGGGGCUGGAGUUUUCUGUGACUUUCAGAUUAUCAUUAAACUGUAUUUCAUCAGGGAGCUUUUAUAUGCCUCUCCUAAGCACCCCCUCUUCGUUUUCUCUUCCUUUCCUCACAGACCCCCAGCUUAUUGGUAUAUGGCGUUUGUAGCCAGGUCAGUUGCACCCUUGUGUAAUUCCUAAUAUAGUUCUGGCUGCAGGAUUUAUGUGGUACUUUAAUAAUUAUAUGAAUGAAUCAGAUGUAUGUAUCUGGCAGACAGGCUCCAAUGAUACAGGUUUUGAGAGAGUAAAAUGCUGAACAUGGCACUGAAAGUUUUCUAAAAUUGAAAUCUUGGCUUCUGAAGCAUAUAAGAUUUUAAUCAUUCAAUUUCAAUUUUAAUAUGAAUCUCAUGUGUGUUUAAUUAAGGGACAGUAAACUUACCAGCAUGCUUUUAACUAAUGCUAACUAAGAAAAAAUAACUAGUUAGUAUGGGGGCAGGGGGAAGUGUUACUAUUGAAGUAGUAAAGAGUUUUUCACCUUUUCAGGAAAUGAGGUCUAGAAGCUUUCUUUCCAGGGUGUGCAUGUAUUGUGCAUUUUAGUGGGCUAACCUAUUUACCUGGGUAGAGAAGGAAGUGUGAAAGCUUUGUUCAAUUGAUUACUUGACUUUUUUGUCUCAUUGUAUAAUGAGAUGUACAAAUAAUCCUACUUUUAGUCCUUGCUCAAAUAUUUAGCAACUUAAGCAAUUGAAAUAUUAGAUCCAUAAAGUAAUCUGGUUAAAAGAAAUGGAAACAUUGAUACAAAGGGGAGAAUAUAUGGUACUUAAGGCAUAUCUAUAAAAUGAAAAUAUUUUUCAUAUCUAUCUCCUUUAUCCUCUUCAAAUUAAGGCUUUUUUGUGGUCAAACAUUUCUUGUAACGUUGCAAAGACAUACCUUUCUGUGUGCUAAAAACAACUUGCCUAGUAAUAUUUUUAACAUGGCCGUGUUCCCUGAACCUUGCAGAGAGGAAUGACUGGGAUCUGGACAAAGGCAUUCCUUCCUUGUUUUAAAAGCAGUAUAAACAUCACACCUAUUUAUUCACCUUCUGUGCAUACCAUCUCUUUGCAUUUUGAGGUCUCAUUCUAUGAUGUGCUUUUCCUUACACCUAAGAAAGAAAUAUUCUACUGCAAUGCUGAAAAAAAAUUCAUGGAUUGCUGUUCUGGAGUCAGUAUUUUAAAAGCAGUGGCUUAUGAGGAUUUCUCAGAAAACACAUGAAUGUUGGAUAUUUUUUUACAGGGUGAAAGAAAUUUAUUAUUGAUCUCUUAAAAACUGUUAUGUGCUUGAACUUGAUGACAGUUCAGCUUUUCCAAUAUCUUUCAGUCUUUAAAGAAGAGAGUGCUGUUGCCUUUUCUUUUGGAGCAACUACAUUCUUGUAGUCUUCUGUUAUUCCACCAUGUAGACAGACUUGACAAAAGUAAAUCACUGGUUUAUUUGACUUGAUGUUAAGGGAGAUAAGGUAUCCUGUCAAUGGCUGAGAUGAGAAAGACAACAUAAUUCCUUUUGCAUCGUGAUAGUCAACAUAGCAGGUACUCUCCAUGUCACUAAAAUUUGAAAAGCGGAACACACCUUCUACCUGUGCUUGUAUUAAUCCUAUAUUUACCAUUCUAACCAAGAUUAUAUGUUUUGUGAGUUUGUUGCAGUGCUAUCCAUCUGUUCUCUGGCUGUCAAAUUCCUCCUGUAUGUUGAAUCUGCUGGAGGCAACCCAGUCUUUGAAUUCAGUCUUUGGUGUAGAGAUGUAGAUGUAUUCCCAGUUUUACUCAGGAGAGUUUGGCAGUGAUGGAAAUUGAUGGUGCCACUGAUGUUCAGUGUGAAAAAACUUGGCUUCACAUAAACAGUCUGGCAAAGUUGUUCUGCUAAUAGAGAACAUCUUAGCUUCAUUGCAAGAUGGAAUGAUUUCCACUGACUUGUUCACUAGGUGGAAAUCUAGGAAUUCUUAAAUACGUUUUCUGUAAUACUUAGACUUGUGCUCAUUUUGCCAUAACAAAGUGAUUUUUCACAUCUUGAAAAACCUCUCUUGGUAGACUUCCAUCCUGUCCACCAAAAGCUUUCAGCCAAAGAAAUCUUGAUAGCAGUAAGUUAUCACAAGAAGGUGUCAGGAAGGCUGAUGUCUGAGUUCUAGUAUUCCUUUUUUUCUUUUGACAAUGUUGUCUUUAGAAGAUAACUCUGAGCAUCUCUUACAGGCAUCUCUCCCCUUAGAACUCCAGUGUUUCAAAUCAAGUCUUCCUUAGCUGCUGUGUUUUUUGGGAUGGGACUAGAAGUUUUCUGGGAGAUUUGUUUGUCUGUCUUGGACUGUAAGUAAAAUUGGAAAUUUUGAAAAAUGACAAAAGAAUAGAGUGAGACAAGACAAAACAAUCACAUGGUUUUAAGUAUGUUUCACCAGUUUGUCCACUUAAGUGUGCACUGGCAGGUGCUGCAUACUAUGAAGGGCUGGUUCCUGUUUUAAAUGCUUAUACCUGAAGCGGGUAGCUUCAGAUAUUUGUCCUGAAGUUCCCUCCUGUACUUCAUGGGAGUUCAUGGAAUGAAAUGUACAAGAGAGGUUCUUCAGAACUGCAGAUAAGCCAGUUUAUUUUUCUGCUCUUUAUUUGAACUUUUUCAAAGCGUAAAAAGGGUUGUUUGGCACUUAGACUUUCCUUCAGACUCCCUUACUGCAAACCUACUGAAAACCAAACCUUUUGAUCCAUUCCAUCUCUUGCAUUUUGAACAAUUGCCAGUCAUUUAUGAAGAAUCUGGUUAGUGAUUUUGUGAUUUUUUUUUUUUUUUUGUUUGGGAUUUGAACUUCAGGAAGGUGUUUACUGCAUCUGUCUUCUGAGGGGUGGAGCUUAAGAAAAGAUGAAAUACUACUGCUAGAAAGAAUUUUUGAAUCACGCUAUUACUCAGUGUCCAGCCUAGUCACAGGAAGUUUAAAACUACUUUGAUAAACUGGAAAGAUGAUUUUUAUACCAAUGGCCUUAAAGUCCACUUUUGAGAAGGAUUUAUGGUCAAGACUUGCUUCAAAUGUGAUGUUGAGGCAUUGUGACCAGAUAUUACCUGUUACCUGUGAUAUUACCUAUUAAGAUCUCAUUUGCGAAGCACUUAGAUGCUGAAGACAUCAGACUCUCAGACGGUAUUGUUCUCCACUUUUCUUUCUGACAUGAUUUAGCUGUGAAGUAUCAGCCCAGAAAAAAACACCCUGUAGGCUGAAACAAAGAUGUGAUCAUUGUAAUCCACUUUCAUAAGUCAAGAUGAUUAAUGUGCUUGAUAUCAUUACACCUUGUGCUGGGAACUUUGAAGUAUCUUGAGGAUUUCCCACAUGUACAUUUAACAGUUUCUUUUGAACAAUUUAGUAAAGUCAACACAAUUACUUCAUUUGGCCUGUGGACAAAACACUUGAUUUCAACACCUUGCUGAGGAGAGAACUUGUGCAUUAAUAGUUGCCUAAGGAUGUUGUCUGUGGAUUUUGAUCAUUCUUUCUACUAGUGAAUUACUCAAAAAGGUGUGGUAUUUAUAUCUGAAAUUUUGCUGAAUGCCUGUAAUAUUUUAUGCAAAUAUUUUAUUAAUCAAAUGGAAGUGCUCCUGCAAAGCUUUAUGACAUAGAUUGUCCAUUAGUUGAUCAAGUGAGCUUACAGACAAGUAAUUCUCUGACCCAAAAUGGCAAGCUCUCACUUAAGACUGGCAAUUGAAGAAUGUUUGCUCUCUCUUAGAAGAAAUAUGACUUUUAUACAGCAAACAAUUGCAGAGGUUCUUAAGCACUCAAUGAUCUAGUCUUGUCUGUUGGCAUGAUAGUGAAGGUAGAUGGUUGCCAUUUGACAAAGCUUCCUAUGACCAUGUACUAACUCUGAUUGGAUGUGGCAAAUGUUCCAAAUUGUAGCAGAACUUACAAUUACUGUAUCUGACAAAAGGUUUUAAAAAAAAAUAGGAACCAGGAACCAUAAUCCGUUUUGAUAGUUGUAUGCUAGCUGUUUUCAGGUUGGUGGCAGUCAGUUACGUGUGUAAUAUUCUCUACCUGAUUUGUAGCUGUAACUGUGAUGUACAGAUAUAAAAAACAACCCUAAACCAACCAACCAACCAAAAAAACCAACCUACACCAACCAACCCAGCCCUAAACCCCCCCAAACAAACCCCUCAUCCCCCUCAACAAAUGAUUCAAAACAAUCUCCCCUUCUCUAAGGACUUGUGAAAACAGAAGCAAAUAAUGCAAUGAUAUAAGAUACACACUUUUGUAUUUUUAUUCUUAUAAGGUUAUUUGCUGGCUCUUGUUGGCCUCUAGUUCAGUCUGUGUUAUUUAAAUUCUAAUAUAUGAAUUAUUUGGAUUGAAUUCAUGUUCGGGGCCAUGGUGUUGUAUGUAUUGAUGUACAGCCUUGAAUGUGAAUAAUUAUUGUAAACUAUAUUUUACACCUUUUUUUCUGGCUUUAUUAUAUAAAUUUUCUAUUGGUCGAUGAUUUAAUCAUAUCUCAUAAUUUAAUGACUGUUUAUUCUCCUCUCGACAGAUCUCUGUGCUCUAGAUGUGUAGUUAGUGACUGGAUGAUGGAUUUCACUUAUGCUUGGUAGUCUGUAAUAAAGGCAUGUAGGGUCCUGG